CCUGUGUUAGCAUUCUCCUUUCCCGCCCCGGUGCCCGCCGGCCUCCUCCCAGGCCCCCGAUGACAACGACGACGAUGAUGUGUGGUCAUGAGGGGUUUCCAGGGCAUCCGUGCUUCCGAGUGACCGUGUCGGCACUUGUGGGCCUCCGGAGGGACUCCCCCGCACUGGCUCUCCAUGUUUUGGAUGGAUUCUUGAGAAUCUGAAGAGAGCUUGAGGGGCUGGCGCUUGGCAGCCAGGGCCGCCAUAGCUCGCUCAUCACGUUCUCGGAAAGCGAUUCCCUCCCAAUAACCUGGUCGCCCGGUGGUUCCUAGGACUGUAAUAUCCGGCUAAGAGCUGAGGGAAGAGCGUGGGCACCAGGGCAGGAGCUAGCCCUGUGUGCAGCAGGGCCCGGGCUCUGCCCUGGGAGGCCGCAGGAGGGGACGCGGAGCCACCAGAGGGACCUCCAGUCAUCUAGCACCGGCCUGCGUUGUGCCGUGAGGAUUCAAAAGCGAUAACGUAAGAUGUGAUGCUUAAUCCCGACCCGGGGCCACAGGAAGCAUGGCCACAGAUGUCUUUAAUUCCAAAAACCUGGCCGUGCAGGCUCAGAAGAAGAUCCUGGGUAAAAUGGUAUCCAAAUCGAUUGCGACCACCCUGAUCGAUGACACCAGCAGUGAGGUGCUGGAUGAGCUCUACAGGGUGACCAAGGAGUACACCCAGAACAAGAAGGAGGCGGAGAGGGUCAUCAAGAACCUCAUCAAGACCGUCAUCAAGCUGGCCAUCCUGUACAGGAACAACCAGUUUAAUCAAGACGAGCUGGCGCUGAUGGAGAAAUUCAAGAAGAAGGUUCAUCAGCUGGCCAUGACCGUGGUGAGCUUCCACCAGGUAGAUUACACCUUCGACCGCCACGUGCUGUCCCGGCUGCUGGACGAAUGCCGACAGCUGCUGCACCAGAUCAUCCAGCGCCACCUCACCACCAAGUCCCACGGACGGGUUAACAACGUGUUCGACCAUUUCUCAGAUUGCGAUUUCCUCGCUGCCUUGUAUAACCCCUUCGGGAAGUUUAAACCUCACCUGCAGAAACUCUGCGACGGCAUCAACAAAAUGUUGGACGAAGAAAACAUAUGAGCGUGUGGAUUCAGACCUGACUGAUUUUGUGUCCAGGACGGAGCAUGGCUGAUCCAUGAAGGAAAGAAAAAGACAAUUGUUUUUGUUUUUCUUUUUUAAGGUUACAGGUGUUUCCGGAAGACUUGGCCCAAUUCAACCGUCGGACAUUAUGGAUGAUGCUUUUCUAGCAUUUUGUUUUAUUGGGAGCAAAGCAUGCUGUCAAAAGACUGGUCAGAAUUCACCCAGAGGUGGCAGUCACGAGGAAGACAAAGGUAGCUAAGAAAUACGAGUCUGAGUGUGAACCCCGAGACUUGCUGAGGGCAGCUCUUGUCCGGGAAGCGCAGCGGAUGCUUCUGGAAUGUACAGAGUUGUGUACUUGGACCCGCUUACAUUCUGUACUGUACAUACGUAUCUCUUCUAGAAAGUCAACGACUCCCACCCGCUGCCAUUGCUCCUUCUGAAACAAUUCUGUUUUCAAGUCUACCCUUCAUUUUCAGUAAACGCUAUGGCAAUGAACUAGAUCAUUCAUUACAGAUAAUGUCCAAUGUUAAGAACAUACCUCUGAAAUGGAGUACUGAUUUUUUCUUUAAUACCAAAUGUGAUAUUUAGCUUCUCAAAAAUGUCAUGGUGUGUCAUUUCCUUGAAAUGCUUUUCCCAGGGCUUAACUUUGAAGUAAUCUUGAAAAACAUGCUGAUGAGAUCUCUCUCAUUAACAUCCAUGUCACAUGUAAAAUGAAAAGAGGAACCCUAGAUUGACCUGGAUAUUGGGACAAUAAAGAGUAAUGAACUUUAUGAAAGAUUUUAGAGACAAACACAUCAAAAUAACGCAGGACACGGUUAAAGAACAUAAGAUAGCGGAUGUACUCCAGUGCUUAGCACAGUUCUAUAAAUAAAGGAUGUCAUUUUUUUACUUAA